UAUGGCAGCUCAUGAUUUAGAAGCUGUCCCAAGAACAAAAGAUAUAGAAUUAUCCGAACAUGUUGAAUUUAAAGACAUGUGUUUAACGAGUCGAGUUUUAGAAGGCUUAAAUGAUGCCGGUUUUGUCCGUCCCAGUCCAGUUCAAUUGCGAUCCAUACCAGUUGGAAGGUGUGGUUUAGAUAUGAUUGUACAAGCCAAAUCUGGAACUGGGAAAACUUGUGUAUAUUGCGUAACUGCUCUGGAGAACAUGAAUUUAGAUAUUAAAACGUUACAAGUUUUAGUCAUUUGCCCAACGAGAGAAAUAGCAAUGCAAGGAGCAGAUGUUAUGAGAUCCAUAGGGAAAAAAAUUGAGAAUCUUCAUUGUCAUACUUUCAUUGGCGGUCUGCCUGUUCAGGAGGACAGGAAAAAGUUGGAAGCGUGUCGCAUAGCCAUAGGAACUCCUGGUCGAAUAAAACAACUGAUAGAAGAAAAAGCCCUCAUUACCGAUCAUAUUCGUAUUUUUAUACUUGACGAAGCUGAUAAACUGAUAGAAGAUUUCCUGGAUUCUAUCAAUUGGAUAUAUUCUUGUUUACCAAAAACCAAACAAAUGAUUGCCCUAUCAGCUACCUUUCCUGAAUCAAUGACAAAAUCUGUUAAAAAUUUUAUGAGUACACCUACUGCCAUACGUUUAAAUUCAACAGAUCCUGCAUUAUUAGGAAUAAGACAAUAUUAUGAAAAGCUUGAGAGAUACCCAUUAGAUCAACAAAAUUUUAUUGCAAAGAUCUGCUGUUUAAUAUCUAUAUUAGAGAAAAUCGCCUUUCAACAAUGUCUAAUUUUCUCAAAUAACCAAUCAAAAGCAGAAGCAUUUGCUAAAUACCUAACAAAUAAAGGAUGGCCUGCAACUCAUAUUAGUGGAAGUUUAAAUCAAGAUAAUAGAAUAAGUGCAAUUUCUCAGUUACAAAAGUUUGAGUGCAGAAUCCUAGUGACUACUGAUUUGACUGCUAGGGGAAUAGAUGCUCAGAAUGUGAAUUUGGUUGUAAAUCUUGAUAUUCCAAAAGAUCACGAAACGUAUUUACAUAGAAUUGGAAGAGCGGGCAGAUUUGGGUCCUAUGGAGCUGCAAUAUCAAUAGUUCUAGAAGGAAAUGAGACAUCUCAAUUAUUGAAAUUUUCUCAGAUAUCUCAAUCAGAAAUUAAUCGAUUACCAGAUCCAAUUCCUGAAAAUUUAGCUGAGUGCUCGUCUAGCAUUAAUGUAAAUAAACUGGUUUCAACUCAAAUAUUGGGUGACGAAACUAUAGAAAUGAAGAAAAUACUUGAAGAAAGUGAAAAAUUUACAGACACUGUUAAAUUACUUAAAGAAACGAAUGGUAGUGAGAAAACGGUAAAAAAUUCAGUUAGAAGUAAGAUAAAAAAAAGAGCAAGGAAAAAGAUGACUGCCGCUGAUUUAAAAAAUAGCAUAGAAAGAGAAGCCAAUGUAAAUAAUAACGCGAUUGAUAGCCCUAGUAAAAAUAAAAACGAGAGGGAAGAAAACCAUGAUAAAAUUGAAAUAGAACAAAUAGAAAUGGAAAAUAUUCAUGAUAGAGAGGAGAGCAGGGGUGAUACUUUAACAGACGAAAAACAUGAUAAGGAUUCAACGAACAAGGAAGAAAGAGAAGUAGAGACAGAUGAUAAACAUAGGAAAGAACAAGAUAGAGAAAGUGAACUUGAACAAGAUGAUGAUGAUGAUGAUAAUGAUGAUGAUGGUGGUGAUGAUGAUAGUGAUGAUGAUAAUAAUGAAUAUAGCGACGAACAAGACAAUGCUGAAGAAUUAGCACAAACAUUAGAAAGACCAUUUAAGAGACCUAACCUAUGCUCUAAGAUAGAUAAGUCUGAGAUUGAAACAAUGAAAGAGGCAUUGGAAAAGCUUACUGUUGAAGUACCCAAUAAAAGAGGGAAACUUAGGACAAAGGGAAAACGUAAAUAUCACGAAGAAAAUUACACGAAAAAUGAUUACUACUUAGGUUCUCAAAGUGACAAUAGACAUCAGCCCACUUCUGAUUAUGACUAUUAUAAUAUGCCCAAUGACUGUAAUUCUCAAUCUCUUCGUAGUCAAUCAGUUAUAGCGGAUGCGCUGUGGGAUCACGGGCUUAGGUUUUCCUAUUGGAUGGGUAUUAACUAUGGUUAUCAUUUAGCCAAUUAUGAAUAUUUAAAAAAUCAAUACAAGAUUGACAAAUGA